ACUUCAGUUACGAAUCUUCAUCAACCGUCAUGGCCCUUCAGUUCGUCACGAGUGAAAAGGGAAGACAGAAACGUUUAUUGUAAGGCCACUUAUUUUUCAAAAAAACAAGACAUAUUGCGAAGACAGAAAGUAUCAAAGAAACGCUGCAAAGCAUCGGAACAAGGAAAUGAGCAGCACCUGCUUUGCCUAUUUGCCGACAGAAAAUUGUAUUUCCUGCGCAGUGCAAGAUAUCCAAAGAAGGUGAACCGUUCUAGCUGUUUGAUUCAGGACAACGGAAGAGAGAAUAUUUUAUUUUCCACCGCGAGAAAUCUCCUGCCUCAUUUGUUUUACCAACUCUACACACUCCAUGGUAUUCAGGUGAACAGUUCAAUUCCGCUUUUGUAUGCUCUACUACCAGACAAGAUAGAGGCCACUUAUGUCUGGUUAUUGCAACAAGUAAAGCAAGUUCAACCUGAAGCCUUCUCAGAAGCAGUAGUGGCCGAAUUCGAACCUGCCAUAGUCAGUGCUAUUCGUCAAGAAUUUCCAAGGGCUAGACAUCGAGAAUGUUUCUUGCAUUUCUUGCAGUGUAUAUUCCAAGGAUUCAGACAGAAAAUCUUCAGAGAAAAAGCACAACACUUGAUUGAUUACUUUGAGGACUGCUGGACUGGACGUCCUCAAAGAUGCAUGGGACGCCGAAUGCCCUGCUUCUCCCUGGAAAUGUGGAACUGUUACGAAGGAGUAAGACACUGUCUUCCGAAGACAAAUAAUCAGGUGGAUUCGAAAUACAAUUAUCUCCAUAAGGUGCCAAUCUUUCUCGAGUCGCGAAUGGUCAAUUAUCGAACAACUUGA